AUGGGAAAGUCCCUCCAGCAGACUGAAAACGACCUCGUGACCUCAUUUGGUGGGACACCGUGGUGGUACAAGCGGUCGAAGGGGGAGCGGUAUCUGGUGCUGGUGACGUCGGUUGCCCUUUGCCUAGUCAUUGUCCUCGUGAUCGCCCUCGCCGGCGUCAUCUAUAGCUCACAGCAUGCCCUCACUUACGAUCAAGUGACUCUAGUGACUCGAGUGACUCUAGUGAGGAUGGGGAAGGGACAGGUGUGUCAUUUCAUCGUCAUCUUUGCUCUUGUGGACCAUCCCCUCCUUGUCUCUCUUCCCAUCUCUCUCCAAAUCCCGAAAACCGCCAGAAAACUCUUUUCGGACAUGGAGUCUUCGGAUUCCUUACCCGCGUCCAACGAAGUCGGUCAGCCGCCCGUCACUAACGGGUCCAGGAAGAAAUACAACGUCUGCCAUAGCAAAGGAUGCGUCCUCGCCGGUACGUCGCCUGACCUCUUUCUCCUCCAUCGCAAUGGAACCGCGGCGGAGAUACUGAACAACAUGGAUCCUCGGGAGGAGCCAUGCAACGAUUUCUAUCGGUUUGCAUGCGGGGGAUUCGUCGACAAAACCAUCAUACCCGAUGACAAGACUUCCGUGAACCAGUUUUCAAAGAUCGCCGACCAACUGAAAGAGAACCUCAGACUCUUGGUGGAAGAGCCCAUCCGUGAAACGGAACCUCCGCCAUUCGUCAUGCUCAAGAACGUCUAUGCCUCGUGCAUGAACAAGACCCAAGUGAACGCGUUGGGACUGCAUGCCCUGAAGGAGGUCCUCAAUGAUCUCGGCGGGUGGCCCGUUGUGCGGGGAGCGGAUUGGAAUGAGACCAGUUUCUCCUGGAACGGGCUUAUCUACAAGUAUCGGAAUAUGGGAUUCUCCAUUGAUUACUUCAUCGACUUCUCCGUUGUCACUGACAUCAAGAACUCUUCCUGGCGCAUUCUCGAUGUAUGCGUGGACGACGAUGACGUGCAAGCCUACUACCAUUACAUGGUGAAAAUCGCCGUCCUUCUCGGUGCCGAGCCGGAAAGAGCACGAAAAGAACUCCGAGAAGCCCUCGAGUUCGAAAUCCUUCUCUCCAAUUACUCGCUGCCGGACGAGGAGCGGCGGAACGCGACGAAGUUGUACAACAAGAUGACGAUCGGAGAGUUAGAGAAGAAAUGGCCGAGUAUUCCAUGGUUGGAGUAUGUGAACGAGAUGUUGACCCCUUUCCAUCACGUGACCGUCGAGGAACCUGUCAUCAUCGACGUCCCCGAAUACAUCAAGAAGCUAGCUGGGGCUCUGCAGGUCACACCGAAGAGGGUGAUGGCGAACUACGCCAUAUGGAGGAUCGUGGCGGCUUCGGCAGCCUUCCUGACAGAAGAUGCUCGGGAAAUCCAGCUGGAAUUCUCGUCGAAACUCACCGGACAGUCAGAAAGGCAACCCCGCUGGAAGGAAUGCAUGGGCAUCGUCCUCUCCAGUUUUGCGAAUGCGCUGGGGGCGAUGUACGUGAGGAGGUUCUUUCGGGAAGAUGCGAAGAAUUCCGCCCUCGAAAUGGUGAAAGACAUUCGCGCGGAAUUCGAUGCCAUCUUGGACGAGGUCGAUUGGAUGGACGAAAAGACAAGGGCCCUCGCAAAGCAGAAAAGUGCAAAGAUCCAGUCGCACAUUGCUUACCCGGAGGAGUUGCUCAAUGACGGGAAACUCGCAGAGCUAUACGAGGGGUUGAACACGACGUCGGACUACUACUACCGGAACAUGCUGAAUAUGACGUUGUUUGGCACGAAUUACUCAUUCCGUCGACUCCGUGAAUUAGUGGAUAAAAAUGAUUGGGUCGCUCACGGCAGGGCAGCCGUCGUCAACGCCUUCUAUUCACCCCUGGAGAACAGCAUUCAAUUCCCAGCGGGGAUCCUUCAAGGCGCCUUUUUCGGAGCUGACAGACCGCGGUACCUGAAUUACGGGGGGAUCGGCUUCGUGAUCGGACAUGAAAUCACUCACGGAUUCGAUGACCAGGUGAACGGUGAGCUGACGGUGGGGGAGAACAUAGCGGACAACGGAGGCCUGAAGCAGGCCUAUCGGGGAUAUCUUCGCUGGGUAGAAAGGGAAAGACACCGGCAGGGGGAGGAGGAAGUGGAGCCCUGUUUACCGGGUCUCCUCGACUUCUCUCCUCGGCAAAUGUUUUGGAUCUCGGCAGCAAACGUAUGGUGCUCUAAGUACCGUCCGGAACAACAGCGACUACAGGUCUAUUCCGACCCCCACGCCCCGGCUAUGUUUCGCAUCAAGGGCCCCUUUUCCAAUCUCCCAGACUUCGCCCGGGACUUCAAAUGCCGAAAGGGCACGAACCUAAAUCCCUCGUUCAAGUGUGAGGUCUGGUGACCUGAUUCGACCAGAUCAGACACGAUCAGACCCGACACGACACGACCCGACCCGACCCUACCCGACCCGACCCGGUAUCACCUUGCGUGGCGUGAUGUCACCGUGCGAUUCUAUGCCAAAGAUGUAUCUGUGGUUACCGAUUCUUGGUGGUGUGUGAUGAAGGAAAACUGGGUGUUUCCCCUUUCUGGCAGUCUACUUGCUUUCAUUUCUUUCUCUCACUAAAGGAACUCUUGCGUGCUUGAGAUCUUUCUUUGCAUCGAAUGACAGCAAACCCAAGUCCAGUUGCUUGGGAAUACCUAAUUCCUCCUUCUCUUCCGAGCAAGAAACUGGAAAUUUUGCCUGUGGGCGUUCAUCAUGGGACGCGAGUCCUUCUCUAAAAGGAAUUUGAAUAACCAUUUCGUUUCUCACGCUGACUGAAUGCUUUAAGCAUGACGGAAGACAUGCACUCCUGUUGCAUGAAGCUCUCCGGCCAAGCUUCUCACGAACACAACACAACAGGGAAGUCAUAAAAGAAAACUGGUGAUGAUAAUGGAGACUGGGGAUGCGGCGAUGGUUUGCAGCUGAACGGCAUCAACACCCAAGGCGAGAACAUUGCCGACAAUGGAGGGAUCAAGGAGGCGUAUCGCGCUUACUUGGAGUGGAGCGAGAAAUACGGCGAAGAACAACGGCUCCCUGGCUUACAGCACCUGAACCCUCGGCAGCUGUUCUGGAUUUCGGCGGCGAACGUGUGGUGCACCAAAUAUCGAAACGAGGCUCUCAAGUACCGUAUCCUGACCGGGAAACACUCUCCGGCCGAAUUCCGCGUUCGUGGUCCGUUCCAAAACACACCCGAAUUUGCACAAGAUUUCAAAUGCGCUCUCGGCACACCCUACAAUCCCGAAACACGGUGCAAAGUUUGGUGAAGAAAAACGACUUAUCUUUCUUUUCCAUCCUUCCUUCAUAUCAGCAGUCGCUGGCUCGACCUGACGUGGUUUAUUCGGCAGGUUUUUCUCUCUAGGUGCGCUGUCCUAUGCUUUUAUAAAGAAAGAGCGACUGUGAUUUUUCCAUCUGCACGUAACUUCUUCAAGUUUUGACAGUAGAAAGUUUGCAAUUGGUGUCUUUCCUAGAACCGAAUGGAAAAUGAGACUAAAUUGUGGCGAAAGUAUUUCACACCGCGCUUCUCUUUCUCGGCAUGAUAACGUUUCAUCUUUCUAUCGUCGCGUCGGAUCUUUGUCCCAUGGCGCGUGCUUGUGCACAAACUAGGUCUUCCUAAGGAAGACGCGUAUUCUUCCUUCUCAAUACAUAGAGGCCCUUUUCUUCUGUCCCGUUUUCCUCGUCUAUUCGUCUUCUGCUUCUGUUGCAUAUCCGCUUUUUCACCGUUUGCUGCAUCACCUUGUAAAAUCAGUUCCGCAGGAUUAGGACGGGGAUUUUUCAAACUCUUGCCGUCGAUCGUCAACCCCCCAUCGUUCUCAUUCGUCCGCCAGGGGUGCCAUUUUUGCCAUCAUC